UCAGCAGUACCACGUCAGACAGUGCCACAUCAACAGUGCCACGUAAGCAGCAGUGCCCCGUCAGCAACAUGACGGGCCUGCCAGGCCAACUGGCCAAUGAGACCAUUGCCGCCUACAAGCAGCGUUGCCUGGCUCAGAUAGAGGUUGAGGAACAACACCUGCUGGCAGUCGAGGCUGCCCGCGUACAGGCUGAAGAGGCAGCAGCAGCAGGGAAGCUGCGGCUACAGGCCGAUGCAGACGCAGAUGCCCAGGCUCGCCGCAAGGAAGCCCAGGAUCUGCUGCAGCGGCAUGAAGCCAACAGCAUCGACAGACUCAAGUACUGGCAUUUUAAACCGAACGGCGACGAGGCAACACCGGAAGAGAAGCACAAGGAGUUCCUCUCCAAACUCGUGACGCGGUUGUUGUAUGCUUGCAACUACCAACGGUCAGAGUUGGAGAGACAGYACCGGGACCUGACGCAACAGCAUCAGGAGUUGGCGACGCUCCGCCGCACAGUGCAGAGCCACGAGGAUGCAACUCGGGCACUCAAUGCCCGAUUUUUGGACCUGGAACAGGCUGUACCAGGACCAGCUGCUGGAGCUUCCAGCAGUGCACCCUCAAGCCGCCAAUUGGAGGACCGCGUUGACCACGUAGUGGCAAUGCUCGGCGACAUCAGCACCUUCGCUGCGCCGACCACCACCAUCAGCAGUCAGCUGCAUACAUUGAAGACCGAGGUCCAGAAGCUGCAGUCGACGAACGCGGACGACAAUCCGAAGAUGUACAAGAUGCCAACUUUCAACCUGGAGAGGUUCGACGACUACACGCAGCAGGAUCCCACGAUCAAGAACGCCGGCCCUCUCCCACGCAUCGACGACCUUCUCGAGCGAUUGGGCGGCGCCCAGUUUUUCUCUGAGCUGGAUCUCAAGUCAGGGUACCACCAACUCGAGAUUCGCAAGGAGGAUCAGUACAAGACCGCAUUCAAGACCCGGUAUGGGCAUUUCGAAUGGCUGGUCAUGCCAUUUGGCCUUACGAAUGCCCCAACCACUUUCCAAGCGGCUAUGACGACGGAGUUCCGACACAUGCUGGAUCGUUUCGUACUUAUCUACCUCGACGACAUUCUGGUUUACAGCCGGAGUCUGGACGAGCAUGUGGAACACCUGCGCAUCGUUUUGGAGCGGCUACGACAGGCCAAGUACAAAGCAAACCGCGACAAGUGCGAGUUCGCACAGCAGGAGCUGGAGUACUUGGGACACUAUGUGACGCCGCAAGGCAUCUGUCCGCUUGCGGACAAGAUCGAGGCCCUACGAGUAUGGCCCGAGCCCUCCAACACCACGGACGUUCGUUCAUUCAUGGGGUUGGCGGGCUACUAUCAGCGAUUCAUCACCGGAUACUCCAGGAUUGUUGCACCUAUGACGAGGUUACAGUCGCCAAAGGUGCCAUUCGUAUUCGAUGACGACGCACGCCGGUCAUUCCAAGCACUUAAGACGGCUAUGCUCAUGGCACCCGUCCUUAGCAUCUAUGACCCCACUCUGCCGACGCAAGCGACUACGGACGCUUCCGGCUAUGGCAUUGGGGCAGUCUUGGAACAGCACGACGGCGACGAUUGGCACCCUGUGGAGUAUUUCAGCCACAAAGUGCCUCCCAUCAACUCGCUUGAUGAUGCAAGGAAGAAGGAGCUGCUCGCAUUCGUGAUGGCUCUCAAAUGCUGGCGGCACUUCCUCCUUGGGCGUCGUAGGUUCACAUGGAUCACAGACAACAAUCCAUUGACCUACUACAAGACGCAGGACACGGUGAGCAGCACGAUCGGACGAUGGAUGUACUUCAUCGACCAAYUUGACUUCACACCAAAGCAUGUCCCCGGCCUCUCCAAUCGCGCAGCAGAUGCAGUCUCGCGAAGACCUGAUCUUUGCGGUAUGACACAUCAUGCCUUCGCAUUCAACGAGGAGCUUCAGCGACACUUCAUCCAGGCAUAUCAGUCUGAUCCGGACUUAGGCACGCUCUAUGCACAACUAUCUUCGGAUCACCCGCCCUCCAGCCAUUACCGCAUUGCGGACGGGUUCUUGCUCCUCCACUCGAGAGGCAAGGACUUACUAUUUUGCCGACGCAGCAAGCCCCGCAACCGCAAUCGCUACGGCGAGUUACACCCGAUGCCUACCCCACGGGAACCCGGUCUCUCCAUUGCCAUGGACGUCACCGGUCCGUUUCCUCGCGACCGGCUCGGGCACGACGACAUCCUCACGGUUGUGGACCGAUUGAAUGCAGCGCCCAACAAGGUGAUGAAGAUGGUGUCCAUCAUAGCCAGGUAUGUUCACCGGAGGGGCUGGCAAAGAUACUUCAGGACGUAUUGCAUCCCUGAUGAUGUAAUACCACGGCUGUUGUCACCUGCAUAUUUUGACCAUUAUAGUAUGCAGCAAGAUGAUGUGGCAGCUCCUUCGGCCCCCUGGGUGGCAUCUGCGGGGCGCAUUGAAGUGCAACGGGAAGGAGCCAGGAUUUCCAGGCAGGGCCUUAGUGCAUUGCAGCAGUCUUUCUGGCGAGUGUCCCGAUUGGUGCCCCUGACACCGCAGUUGGCAGCAGGAAGUGCUGCAGCUUCCAGCGCUGUGGAUUGGCUCCGAGGAAAGCGGAAGAAGGUUGAUGCGAUGAUGGAGGAAAAGGGGGCAAAGAAUCGGACCUCAAAGGAGUUGACAAAAAGUUUGACAGGUAUUGGUGAUGGGGAGGGAACCAGCAAAAGCUUAACCGUCAUUGGUGUUCCUAUGGACGUAAAUGCUGUGGCGUUGAAGGGCCAGGAUCCGAUGCUGAGCCGCCCCAUGGAGAUAAAGGAAGUAAACGGAGGGGUCGGCCUAGCCCAACUUGACACUCAAAGAAAUACAGGGAGGGGGUUGGCCUCACCUCCUCGCAGCUUACAGUGGAAGGGUUCCCAGGAGGAUGGGAGGAUGGUAGAUGGCAAAAAUCUACCUCCCCGAAGUGGACAACGAAGGCCUCCUCAAGAGACUGACAAGCUGGGAGGCAAUACCUCACCUGCACAAAGCGGACAGCAAAACGCUGGCCACGAGACUGACAAGCUGGAAAGCAGACCGGGAAUGAACUGGAGAGAGAACAUUCAGAUUCCAAGUAUGCCAGGAAUGCCUUCCUAUGUGCCUUUUGGAAAGCUGUUUCUUCUUGGAGAGGGAUCAACUGAGACAUUGCACGCCUCAGAAUACACAAGGCGUGCCUCUGCGGUGAGUUGAGCUUGCGAAUCAAUGGUGCUCCAUACC